ACGGUGACGUACUGUUGAAGCGACGGAAGAGUUGUUUGUAGAAGAGCUUGCGUUUGUUACUCGUCCAGCACAUCCUAAAGUCAAAGACUGAGAUCUUCAUCUAGUGGUGAAGUAUGCACGGACGUGUGAAGAUAAAGUCAACCGCGCAGCAGGAGGAGGAGAAGAGGAAAGAGAGAGAGAAAAAGUUGAAAGCGUAUGUGUCUGCUCGCGAUGGCAUCCUGAAAAAGAGGAGUGCUGGGGAACAUGACGAGGAGGCUCUGCAGUUGACUCAGCAGCUCCUGUCCUCAAACCCGGACUUUGCCACGCUGUGGAACUACAGGAGAGAAGUGCUCUUACACCUGGAGACCUUACGAGAGAAGGACGAGGUGCAGAAGCUGUAUGAGUCUGAGCUGCACUUCAUCGAGGCCUGUCUGAAAGUGAACCCCAAAUCUUACGGCUGCUGGCACCACCGCAGCUGGGUAAACACGCGCCUGCCGCAGCCUGACUGGACACGAGAGCUCGGCCUCUGCGACCGCUGCCUCAGCCUGGACGAGCGCAACUUCCACUGUUGGGAUUACCGGCGCGUGGUGGUAAAGGAGUCUGGUGUUUCUGUCGAGCAGGAGCUGCAGUUCACAGAUCAUCUGAUCGGCUCCAAUUUCUCCAACUACUCCAGCUGGCAUUACAGGAGCACGCUGCUUCCUCAGCUCCACCCACAGCCUGUCCCUGACUCCGCCCCCAACGCAAGCCCCUCCCCCACCACCUCACCUCAAUUUCACUCACACAGAGUCUGUGAGGAGCAGCUUCUUAAAGAGUAUGAGCUGGCGCAUAAUGCCUUCUUCACCGACCCCAACGACCAGAGCGCCUGGUUCUACUACCGCUGGCUGCUGGGCAGAGCGGAGCGAGAGGAGAUGAUCAGUUGUGUGUAUGUCAGCCGGGAGGGAGAGAGGGUGUCUGUCGCCUUCUCCAAACCUGUUCAUGCUCAGUCAGAGGGUCUGAUGUUGGUGUUGGAUGGGCAGCCUCAGCAGGUGCAGUGGAGAAGCGCCCACCCGCGUUUCCGUCACAGUCCUGUCUGGCUGUGUGAUCUUCCUCCCGGCUCCAUCAGUGACAUAAGUAAUGAACACAACCUGAACAUCCACUGGACAGAGAAACACACACACAGAGACUGUGCUCUCUACACAGGCUCUGCUGAAAGCUGGUGCAGAGACUCUGCCACUGAUCAGGAGCUUUUCAGGAGUGAGCUGUCGGUUGAGAAGAGUUCAGUGUUACAGGCAGAGCUUCAGUCCUGCAAUCAGCUGCUAGAGCUCGAACCGCAGAACAAAUGGUGUCUGCUGACAAUCAUACUCCUCAUGAGAGCUCUGGAUCCUCUAGGCCAUGAGAAAGAGACUCUGGCACAUUUUCAAACCCUUAAAGAAGUGGACCCGAUGCGCUCUUCCUACUACAGUGACCUGUGCAGCAAGUUUCUGAUUGAAAACACCAUUCUGAAAAUGGAGUAUGCAGAGGUGCGAGUGUUUAGCCUGUCAGAUAAGAACCUGACGAUCCUGUGUCACCUUGAUCAGCUUCUCUUUGUGACUCACAUCAACCUCUCCUCCAAUCAGCUGCUGCGGCUGCCGCCUCAGUUUGCCAUGCUGCAAUGCCUUGAGGUGCUGGAGGCCGAUGAUAAUGCCAUUGAAAGUCUGGAGGGACUGUAUCAUCUGCCUAAACUAGAGGAAGUUUCUCUGAGGAACAAUCAAAUCUGUAAGCUGUCUGAUCUUGAAUCAUUGGCGUCCUGCACCAAACUGACCAGACUGGACCUGCGUGGAAACCCUGUCCACAGAACUGCCAACAUAGAGUCUGAGCUGAGCCAGCUCCUGCCACUGGUUGCUGCUCUGUCCCUCUGAUGUGAGUGUGAGAGUGUGUGAGAGUGUGUGAGAGUGUGUGAGUGUGUGAGUGAGUGUGAGUG